GUAUGUUUCUCUGAUGCUACUUAUCACUUAGUUUUAAAUACAACAAACCUGGAAGACCAAAGUUUUACUUACUCUGAGCGAGGACAGGCGGGUUGACGUGGAAACACAUGUGCUCUUGCAGGGUUAGGGGCUGGUGGCCCAGGAGCGCCGGCUGCUGCUCACCAAGGCUUGGACUCUUCUCUUUCAAGGUGUGUCAGCACUGCUGCUAUCUGCUCCUCACUGGCAGCUUUUACGCUUCUCUAAGUUGAUAUCAGGUUUUACUGGACAUAUCUAGAAAGACUGGAACUUUUCAGUGAGCAAAACCCCUGUGAUGCUCUAUGGUAAUGCCAGGGAGCACCUCUGGUGCAGGUUGUUUGGCUCCAGGGUACUUCUAUUCCAUGGUUUGGUAGGAGGUUCAGCUGAACCGUUGCUUUUAACACUUUUUUUUGUGUUCACAGAGAGUGCUGUGUGCGAUACCUGUGGGUUCUGUGUUUUGUCUGUCGAUGGGAUAAUAUCGAGGGAAAAGUUUCCCCUGAACUCUCUGGCUAUUCCUAGUCUACAAGUGCUGCCUGUAGAGGGGGAAAUCUCUUACAUACAUCCCUUGGGAAACGCACCCAAUAUCCAAUCUGCAGGAGGAGCAGAACUGCUUCACAGGGGUUUUUCAGCUGGGAUGGGCUCAGAGAGAGCUGCUCCCUGGGCUGCAUCUCUCGCCCUUCCCAAAUGUGAGCACAUCGCAGCCCGCACGGAGAAGGGACUCCUUCUGUCUUCAAGGCACUUGCUUCUGCCUCCUGUUCUUUUGUCCAAAAAAGAAAAAGCCAAACCAAAUCAGUCUACACAGAACUUGUGCUGAUCUAAGGAGGAGGUCGUGGAGUCUCAGUUGCCCUUUUGUUUCCCAAACUUCUGGCUGUGGGCUGGAUUUUCUGUCCUCGACUUCAGGGGAUCAGCUAGGAGGAAUCGAGAUCUUGAAUACUUUCAGUUUUUGUUUUUACUCGAACCCUUUCAACCGAGAAGCUGAAGCUGUCACUACUAAAACCCCGUGUUUUUUCCCCAAGCAUGUCAGAAAGCUGGCAGCAGCCACAGCAGCAACCGCAGCAGCAGCCACCGCCGCCACAGCAGCACCACGCUGGGGCAGCUGCCCUUCCAGAGCACUCCAUCCCACCCAGCACUGCUGACAACCCCUUGGGCUGCACCGUCUACGGCAUCCUGCUCCAGCCGGACCCUGGGCUGCAGCACCACCAGCACGCCCCUGUCCAGGCUGGAGAGCCGUCCCACAAAUGCGGUGUGUGUGGCCACGACCUCGCUCACCUCUCCAACCCCCAUGAACACCAGUGCUUGCCAGGCCAUGACCGCUCUUUCCAGUGUACCCAGUGCCUGAAGGUCUUCCACCAGGCCACUGACCUCCUCGAACACCAGUGCAUCCAGGUGGAGCAGAAGCCCUUUGUGUGCGGUGUCUGCAAAAUGGGCUUCUCCCUCCUGACCUCGCUGGCGCAGCACCACAAUGUCCAUAAUGGCAACGCCAUGAAGUGCUCCAUCUGUGAGAAGACCUAUAAGCCUCCCGAGGCAGAGCAUUCCCAGCCUCUUGACCCCUCGGAGAAGCCCUACAGCUGCUCCAUCUGUCAGAAAACCUUCAAGCACCUCUCGGAGCUGUCCCGGCACGAGCGCAUCCACACAGGGGAGAAGCCAUACAAGUGCACGCUGUGUGACAAGAGCUUCAGCCAGUCAUCCCACCUGGUGCACCACAAACGGACACACAGCUCGGAGCGGCCGUACAAGUGCACGGUGUGCGAGAAGACCUUCAAGCACCGCUCCCAUCUGGUGCGCCACAUGUACGCACACUCAGGGGAGCACCUCUUCAAGUGCAACAUCUGUGAGCUGCACUUCAAGGAGUCGUCCGAGCUGCUGCAGCACCCCUGCACGCCCAGUGGUGAGCGACCCUUCCGCUGUGGCGAGUGCCAGAAGGCCUUCAAGCGCCCCUCGGACCUGCGGCAGCACGAGCGCACACACAGCGAGGAGCGGCCCUUCAAGUGUGACCUCUGCCAGAUGAGCUUCAAGCAGCAGUAUGCGCUCAUGCGCCACCGCCGCACGCACAAGGCUGAGGAACCCUUCAAGUGCAACCUGUGUGAGAAGGGCUUCGUGCAGCCCUCGCACUUGGUCUACCACCAGCACGUGCAUGGCAUAGAAAACCUCUUCAAGUGCAACGUGUGCCAGAAGGGCUUCAACCAGUCCUCGGAGCUGCUGCGGCACAAGUGCGUGCAGAACGCGGAGCGGCCCUUCAAGUGCGCGGUGUGCAACAAGUCCUACAAGCGAGCCUCGGCUCUGCAGAAGCACCAGCUGGCCCACUGCGCCGAGAAGCCCCUCAAGUGCACGCUCUGCGAGAGACGUUUCUUCUCCUCCUCUGAGUUCGUGCAGCACCGCUGCGACCCAGCCCGUGAGAAGCCCCUCAAGUGCCCCGACUGUGAAAAGCGGUUCAAGUACGCCUCGGACCUGCAACGCCACCGGCGCGUGCACACGGGUGAGAAGCCCUACAAGUGCCCCUCCUGUGAGAAAGCCUUCAAGCAGCGUGAGCACCUCAACAAGCACCACAGCGUGCACGCCCGGGAGCAGCAGUACAAGUGCAUGUGGUGCGGGGAGAGGUUCCUGGACUUGGGCCUGCUGCAGGAGCACAGCGUCCAGCACACGGCCGAGGGUGCCUACCAGGUGGCCGCCUGCUUGCCGUGAGCCUCCUUGCCCCUUGGCGGCUUUCAGCUUGCAUGUGACGCUCCUGAGCCUCGGCUACCCCUUCCCUCUUCUCGGUUGUGGACUCUCCAGGGAGUUUGGGGGAAAGGGGAGGUACGGUGGGUGGGCAGAUAAACUUUCCUCUGGCCCCUGUGGUUGAUACACCACCUGUAUCGCAGGGGCGACGGACGACAGGAAAAGCUCGAAGGGGUGGAGAGGAAAGGAGGGUGGUGGGGAGAGGGAAACGAUACCUAUAGUUGCUUGGCAUCCCCUGGACUGUAGCUCAGGCUGUACCUGCAGUUCCAGUGCUCAGCUGCCUGCUGCGGGCACCGGCCCUUGGCGUGCGGCCUCUCCCCUGCCCUGCCUGGCGGGGUGGGAAGGCAGGGCUGGGUAGCUCUCCUGGAGAGGUCUCCACAGCCAAGGAGAGCCAGCCCUUGCUUUUCCAGGGGUGUGCUGCUCAGCAAGGAUGUAGCAGGUUUCCAGUGCUGGGAUCUCCCAACUUUUCUUGCUCCGAGCUUAGUUGAGAGGACCGUUUCGGAUCGUUAGCGUUGAUUGACUGUCCCAACCUUCCCUUGCUGUCCCUCUUUCCAGAGUGUAGAAAGGGAAAAGCCAUGGGGCCGCACAGCUCCAAAAGCACUUUGGCAUUGCUGCUUUUGCAGUUGCUGGCUGUCAACACUCUGCAAGGGUUCCGAGUGUGCCUGUCCGCCUCCAGCCCUGCCAGCAGCCAUGGGGAACAGCAGCAAGUGCUGCGCCGCUACUGGAGAGCAUGGCAAGGAGAGCCUCCCUGCCCUCCUGGCAUUUAGAAGCUGCUUCCUGAGGGACCUGGCUCUCCUGCCCAGACGCACCUCCAGCCCCCCAGGCCCCUUCCCUCUUUGCACUGCUGGGGUGAUGAGCGUACCCCUAGGGGCCUCAGGAAAAGGGCUUUCCCAGCGGGUCAAACACUAAAGGGUGAGGCAAACACUACUAAUAAUGUGCAACUUUGGAGACAUUUCCGUCACUGACCAUAACCCACGCCUGUGCUGUCUGAUUUGCUCGGGGAAACCAGAGCAAGCCAGGAGAAUCCUUUCUGGCCUGUGGGCUCAGCUCCAUGGGAGGGGAAGGUCAGCAGUGGGUAAAGGAGGAGUGUAUUUUUUUUUCCCCUCUCUUGCAGGAGUCCUGUUUUACCCCUUUACUCUUUCUUUACCUCUUAUGUAUUUUUCAGGUUUUGCACAGUUCUUGUAAACAUCACUUAAAAAUAAAUUUCCCCUAGCAAGGUCAA